GCAAAGGGGAGGGGAGGGGGCGCGCGAGGGAGGGAGGGGGAAAGGGAAGCAGCCGGGUGCUCGCUGUUGCGUAAAAGAGGCGCCAGAAGCCGGGCUCUGCCUGCCUUUGGAGGUUUUUGUCAUGCUCCGCACAGUCAAACACACAGGCUGUAGGCUUGGGAGCCAUUUUUCAAGAUGGCGGCUCUACCAUAAAUCUGUCUUGGCCAUCAGAAGGGAGGAUGUGAAUGCCUGGGAAAGGAGGGCUCCACUAGCCCCCCGGCAUGUCAAACUGCUCACCAACUUGGGAUACAAAGUUCUGGUGCAACCAUCCAACCGAAGGUCCAUCCAUGAAAAAGACUACAUCAAAGCUGGAGGAAUUAUUCAGGAAGAUAUUUCUGCGGCCUGCUUGAUUGUGGGUGUGAAGAGGCCUCCAGAUGGCAAACUGAUUCCCAAGAAAAACUAUGCUUUCUUCUCCCAUACUAUCAAAGCUCAAGAAGCAAACAUGCCCUUGUUAGAUGAAAUCCUGAGCAAGAAUAUUCGAUUGAUAGAUUAUGAAAAAAUGGUAGAUCACAGAGGAGUGCGAGUGGUAGCCUUUGGAAAGUGGGCUGGUGUUGCAGGUAUGAUAAAUAUUUUACAUGGAAUGGGGUUACGAUUUCUUGCCCUGGGUCAUCACACUCCUUUUAUGCACCUUGGUAUGGCCCAUAAUUACAGAAACAGCAGCCAGGCUGUGCAAGCAGUUCGGGAUGCAGGCUACGAAAUAUCUUUGGGCUUGAUGCCCAAAUCUAUUGGACCCAUAACAUUUGUUUUUACAGGGACCGGUAAUGUUUCUAAGGGUGCACAGGAAAUGUUUAAUGCACUGCCUUGCGAGUUUGUGGAGCCCCAUGAGCUGAAGGAGGUUUCUAGAACUGGAGAUCUCAGGAAAGUGUAUGGGACAGUGUUGAGUCGACACCACCAUCUUGUGAGAAAGAGUGAUGGUGUGUAUGACCCUGUAGAAUAUGACAAGCAUCCAGAACUCUACACGUCCAGAUUUAACACUGAUAUUGCACCCUAUGCAACUUGCAUAAUCAAUGGGAUCUACUGGGAGCAGCAUACGCCGCGAUUGCUCAACCGACAAGAUGCCCAGAGACUUCUGGCUCCGCUCCGACCUUCUGCCACUGCAACAGAAGGUUGCCCUGAAUUGCCACACAAACUUGUUGCAAUAUGUGACAUCUCCGCAGACACUGAAGGAUCUAUAGAAUUUAUGACAGAAUGUACAACGAUUGACAAUCCUUUCUGCAUGUAUGAUGCUGACCAGCACAUCAUCCAUGACAGUGUGGAAGGAUCUGGGAUUUUGAUGUGUUCCAUUGAUAAUCUACCUGCUCAGCUUCCUAUAGAAUCGACAGAAUGUUUCGGAGACAUGCUUUUCCCUUACAUUGAAGAAAUGUUGCUUUCAGAUGCUUCAGAGCCCCUUGAAAGCCAGAACUACUCGCCUGUAGUUAGAGAUGCAGUGAUUGCAUCCAAUGGUGUACUGACGGAUAAAUUUAAAUAUAUCCAGAAACUGAGGGAAAGCAGGGAAUACACCCAGUCACUGACCAUGGAUAAGAAAAAGAAGGUUUUGAUUCUAGGAUCAGGAUACGUCUCUGGGCCUGUGAUAGAAUACCUCACAAGAGAUCCUAACAUUGAAAUAACAGCAGUUUCUCCACUGAACCUUUAUCCUAGAACAGUUUCGGUCAUGAAGAAACAACUUGAACAGCUGACCAAGAAGUACACCAAUGUUGCUCCUGUUGUCGCAGAUGUCACUGAAGAUGAAACAAAAUUAUCGUCCAUGGUGAAAAAACACAAUCUUGUUAUUAGCUUGCUCCCUUAUGUAUACCAUCCCUUGGUUGCUAAGAAGUGUAUUGAGAAUAAAGUGAAUAUGGUGACUGCCAGUUAUCUGACACCUGCUAUGAAAGAGCUGCAGGAAAGUGUCGAGGCAGCUGGCAUUACGGUUGUCAGUGAAAUGGGUCUGGAUCCUGGUCUCGACCAUAUGUUGGCAAUGGAUUGCAUUGAUAAAGCAAAAGAAGUGGGUGCUACGGUGGUAUCCUACACUUCUUUCUGUGGUGGAUUGCCGGCUCCAGAAUAUUCUGACAAUCCCUUGAGAUAUAAAUUCAGCUGGAGUCCACAGGGAGUCCUGCUGAACACAGUUCAACCAGCCACAUAUUUAAAAAAUGGAGAGAUUAUUAAUAUUCCAGCCGGAGGAGCUUUGCUUGAUUCUGUUACUGUCAUGGAUUUUUUCCCAGGAUUAAAUUUGGAAGGUUUUCCAAACAGGGACAGCACAAAAUAUGCUGAACCAUAUGGUAUUCAAUCAGCUCACACUCUUUUAAGAGGAACUUUACGAUACAGGGGUUAUUCUAAAGCCAUAUCAGGCUUUGUGAAACUAGGCCUAAUUGAUUCAGAGCCAUGUCCUAUGCUGAGUGCGACAGCACCAUCUAUAAACUGGAAAGACUUAAUGUGCAAGUUACUUGGACUUCAUCCGUCUGCCAGUCUUGAAGAUCUCCGUGAUGCUGUCUACCACAAAUUGAACAAGGAUGAAAAGCAACUGGAGGCAGUGGAAUGGUUGGGAUUACUCAGAGAUGAACCUGUUCCAAUAGCAGAGACAAUAGUGGGUGCGCUGGCCAAGCACAUGGAGGCUAAAUUGUCUUAUGGUGCUGGAGAGCGGGACAUGAUAGUUAUGAGGAAUGAAAUCGGGAUAAAGCAUCCAUCUGGUCAUUUGGAAGACAAAUACAUCAAUCUUGUAGUAUAUGGUGAUAAGGGAUAUUCUGCAAUGGCAAAAACUGUAGGGUAUCCAACGGCUAUUGCAGCAAAAAUGGUUCUCGACGGUGAAAUCAACGCCAAAGGCAUGGUUAUCCCAUUGACAAAGAAUAUAUAUGGACCAAUACUCAAACGGGUUCAAGCUGAAGGCAUUUCUUACAGUACACAAAGCGUUAUCAAGCAAUAAAAGAGGCUUCAUCUUCCCUCCUCCUUUUUUGCAAGAUCUAGUUUUCUAUGGACAAUUGGCAGCUUGAAAAUAUUGCAUUUGGGUGCCUGUUUUCUGGAAAAUCUUUAGGACCAUUGAAAUUUAAUAGGAGCUAUGCCACAACUGCUCUGCUCUUGUGAACUUCCAGUUUUUUUCAGUGAUCUUUGCACAAUAUUGUACUAUUUCCUGUUGGAUCAUGCACUCUGACUUUUCUUUAAGGUGCCAGUCCUGGCCAUAUUUACCUGAAAAGAAGUCUAAGCAAGUUAUCAUCAGUGGGAUUUUGAUUUCUAAGCAUUUGCAUUGUAAAAAGGUGUGGAAUGAAUGGCUCUCCAUAUAUUUUGGAUUCCAACACAUUGGCUCCAGCCAAUAUGGCCAGGUGUUUGGUUAAAUAUAGCUGGAGGGACAUCUCUAGGUCUCCAGUCGCAAUUACGAGGGUAGUUACGUAUAAAUCGUCCAUAUUGACAACAAAAGUUGCAUCUUAAUGUGAUAGCAUUUGCCCUCAAAGCUGUCCCAAGUGCUGAGGAUUUACUGAGUUUAUGAGUUCACUGUAUUUUCUUUAGAAAUGCGACCUGGAAUAUGAAGGUUGUAAUAUUUAUGAAAGAAAUUUGGAUAGUUUCGCCAUUCCAUCCUUUCUAUAUGACCAGUCUUAGGUUCUAAAAUAAUACUGGAUUAAGGUUCCCAGAAUUGCUCACAUUUGGUCAUGCUUGCUUUAGCUUCUUUGAGUUGGAUUCCAAUGACAUCUGGGACCCAUGUUGGGAUCCACUAUUCUUUGGAUCCCAACAUGGGUCCUGGAUUGUGUGCAACCAGUUUGAGAUCUCAGUGUUCAAACUGCUUCCUCUUAAGAACUGUCACUAAAAUUGGUAAACUCCAUCUUUUAAAAAUGUACAGUAUAUGGACUAGCUGCCCAUUCCACUCCCAAUGAGUCAUUUUUUUUUGAUUAAAUAUAUAUUUGUGGACUUCAUUACUAUCAAUACCAUGUUAUCAGCUAUUUUUUUUUUUUGCCUAGUAACAAUGAAACCAAAUGUGGAUUGGACUCGUUCAUUAAACGGUACUUAAUAGAGGGCUUAUCAUGAGCUUUUCAACAUCUUUUCAGCCUAGGCAUAUAUCUAGUUAAAGAGUUUUUGGUAACAGGAUGGGAAUGACUUCUGCCCUACAGAGAAAAUAUGUACCAUGCAAUCUUGUGUGAAAAUCUUUUUAUGUUCAUGGAAACUGAGCCCUUUAUAAGCGAAAGGGAACCUUAAAUGCCUAGAAAAUUAUGCCAAAAUAUUUUUAUAUGUAAUCAAAAUCUGAAUGUAUUAUUAUUAUUAUUGUAGACAGUUCAGUAGUAUAUGAAAUCUUGAAAAUAAUUUUACGUGAUAACAUUAGUUCCACGUUUGCCAAAUUUUGUGGUGUUUGAAACUGUGUUUCAAUUCUAUACUGGAUAGCUAAGUAAUAUCCAAGUAGUAUACUUAGCUAUGGGAAGGUAGCUGACUUGUAGUCUUUAAGAUUUAUUCUCAAUUGGAAUAAUGGUAUUGACCAGCCUCAACCAAGCUCCAGAUAUGUUGGAUUGCAGUGUUCAUUGGUUGGUCUUUUUCCCUUUCCUUGUUCCAUACUUGGAAGAAAUAUUAAUAUGCACUGCAUAUGCUGUCCAUGUUUUGUAGUUGCCCUUUCAUUUAAUUAUACCAAAACAAAAAUGAUACCAUUUGACCAUGUAAAGUUUAUGAAUUAUGUCAGAUGUAUAUCUCUUCCUGAUCUUUGUCACAUGUCUGAUUAUUUAUUUUAAUGGAAAUAUUCUGUAAGAAGCCAAAUAUGUAAUAUUCAAGAUCACUGUAAAUGUGAAGGAAAAAUCUCUUUGUUCCAGCCUUGGGGAGCAGGAAUUGAGGUGAGGAAAGAGCAAAUGCUUCAGUGCGAGUUCAUUUGGAGGUAUAUGGAUUAUAAGAAAAAAAGGUAUGCAGUCUGUUCUGCCAUAUAUUCAGAAGAAUACUGCAAAGAGGAGGUGAACAUGAACUAAAGUGUCUUCUGUGCUGUGCCUUGCUAUUUCAUCCCAGUUAUGCUGAUUUUCCUUUGCAUCGCUUUUAGUCUUUUCGUAUACUUGAAAAAGUUUAAUGCUCAGACUUCAUUUUCUCCAAGAAUCCAUCUAUUUUGGAGACUAUUUGGGAGCAAGAGUUUUCCGUAAUAGCUCAAUCCUAUCCAUGUUUACGCAGAAUAAAGUCCUAUAGUGCUCCUUAAGCCAAAGUCCUAUUGUAGCUUUACACAACUAUAAAAUACAUGCACUACUAAUUGUAUUUUUUACUCACUUUAAGGUAUCUAGUACUCCCUUUACACAACGAUCUGCUGUAGAAAAUUGUGUAUGUGGUCAUAGUUCCACUUCCGGGCAAGAAAAUGACUUGCAUAUCUUGAUUUUCAUUGAUGUCAGUUGCAUUUGGCCUUAAUUUAAGUCUACUCAUUCUCUGGAAUAGAUUAAAAACGCACAGAUAGAGAGAGGAAAUCCAGUACAGUUUUAUGUGCAUGAACUUGUCUACUCUGGUUGUUGGGAAAUAUUCUGAACAUCACUUGCUAGUUAGUUGAUUCAGAUUUAAAUCUAAAUGCAGGGCAGCAACUGAACAGUCCAAAGCUAAUGUUGUCUGCUGGGCAGAAGACUUAUAUCCAGUGUGUCUGCCCAAACAGUUCAAGUGGCAACAGUGCUCGGUGUGCCUGUUGAAAGGAAUGUAUAACAACUUGGUGCUUAUUGCAGUAGACAUGCUUUGUUCAGGUGUGCAACCUUCCACUUCUUUUAUCAGUUUGGAACAUAAAAUGGCCCCUGCCGAACUGGCAGUGACCCUUUUGAUAGGUCACCAAGCAGCUCUUGGAUACUAAUAAGCUUUAAUGUUUUUUUGUUUAUGAGCAAAAUAAAAAUAAUCCACCAUUCUUGCCCAUCUUCCUUCCUACCCUCAAGCGCCUGCUCCCCAAACAAAAAGAUGCCCUUUCUGGAAGCUUUUCUUUUAUAUGACUUUAAAUACUUCAAAUAACAGAAAGGAAGAGUUGCGAUUGUUCUGUAAGAUUCAGGGCAGCUGGAAAGGUUAAUUUGUACAUUUGUAGCUGCUCCUUGUUUCAGAAUACUUUUGGAAUCCUCUCCUUGGGGCAGAAGAGUCUUUUAUAUAUUGUGUCGGGUUUAAAGAAAUCCAGUGCUUUUGCUAUGGUGCCAUAUCAAAUAAAAGCGUUUGACUUUU